AGUAGUAAAACACCACGCUUCGCCACUCGAUUCCUCUUUUUAUGCGCCCUCCUCUCCUGUUUGUCUGUCCGACGUUGCGAUUGGAGUGCGUUCAGACCAUUUUCUCUUCCCAUCUCCAUACAUGCGCCACGCCUCCACCCAGAAUUCCCAAUUCCACGGCCUCCGGGCCUCCUGCCGCCGAAGCAAGCUCGCCGCCUCCACGGAAUUCUUCUGCCCCCUUCCACCGGGCCGGCGUGGAGCCGAGAUCCGUCCCCGCUGAUUCAUUCUUCUGGUCUGGUUAGAGAUUCCAUCGCUCCAUCAACGAAACGAAGGACACAUAAAAGAACAAAGGUGCCUGUGGCGAAAGGACAGGACAGGCAGUGGUGAAGUACUCCCCACUUGUGCCUCUCUGCAUUGCACUGGGCAGGGGUAAGACCUACCUCUUAUAAUCCCUCUCCGGACCCCACCUGGUGUGGGAACUUCUAGCACUGGGUCUGUCCUUUUUUUUGGUUGAUUGAAAAGUGCUAACCUGGUACGUCACAUGCUUUUCUCGUAAAAUGUACAUUUUCACUUGAAACAGUUUUGGAGUGUUUAACAACACUAUCUGGAUUUGAACCCUUUGUUGGUAUGUAGAAUUUUCCACUUGACGGUGCUUAUACCUUUUGUAGGUCACACCUAGAUAUUUCCAAUGUACUUCUUGUCUGGGUAGUGUCAAUCUCCCUUGUUCCUUCUUCGCAGAUAGGAGAUGAUUUUAAUGUUAGUCUAGGUCCUUGAUUUGAUAAUUGUUGAUUUUUCAUGAACUUUAUUAUGUGUUGCCUAUAGCCAUGAACCCUAGUUGUUUUCUCUUGCUAUAAAGGGAAAACCCCAUUUUACUUUUUGCAACUUUGGAGGUGAAAGGAAGAAGGGACUAAAGGCGAGGAAAUAAUAAUGGGAAAGGGAGAUGUGGCCACUAGGUCCAAAUCCCAGAAAUCGUCGACAUCACAGAAUGAACAGAGUACACCUACUAAUCCUCCUACAGCAUAUCCUGACUGGUCCCAGUUUCAGGCAUACUAUAAUGUCCCUGGUACGGCUCAAAUGACCCCGCCGGCUUAUUUUCAUUCAACGGUGGCUCCAAGUCCUCAGGGGCAUCCAUAUAUGUGGGGUCCACAGAUGAUGCCUCCUUACGGGACACCGCCACCAUAUGCAACGAUGUAUGCUCAAGGCACACCAUAUCAGCAGGCACCUAUGCCACCGGGCUCACACCCAUACAGCCCAUAUCCUGUUCAAGCACCAAAUGGGACAGUUCAAACUCCUACACCUGGUGCUGGAGGGUCAGAGACAGAUAAGUCAAACAAAAAUAAGCGGAAGACUCCCCUGAAGAGAUCCAAAGGAAGCUUAGGUAGUCUGGAUGUAGUUACAGUAAAAGAUAAAACGCCACCUGCAAAACCUUUAGUGUCAUCCUCCAAUGAAGGUUCUUCACAAAGCGAGAGUGGAAGUGGAAGUUAUUCUGGAGGAAGCAGUACAAAUUCUAAAAGUGGUUCACACACAAAGGAUGGUUCUGAGCAGGGCCCAACUAAUGAUGCUAGCAAUAAAGGAGUCACUGCUCAGGGCACGGCAGUUGAGCCCACACAAGUAUCUUCUGGGCCAGUUGUGCUUAACCCUAUGAUGCCAUAUUGGCCUGUUCCCCCUCCCAUGCCUGGCCAAGCAACUGGUGUAAACAUGGGAAUGGAUUACUGGGGUGCUCCUACUUCUGUACCUAUGCAUGGCAAAGCUGUCGCUGCACCGACAUCAGCUCCUUCAUCAAAUUCUCGUGAUAUCGUUCUCAGUGAUCCGGUCAUACAGGAUGAACGAGAAGUGAAGAAACAAAAACGGAAGCAAUCAAACAGGGAAUCAGCUCGUCGCUCUAGAUUGCGCAAGCAGGCUGAAUGGGAGGAAGUAGCCAGUCGAGCUGAUUUGCUGAAGCAGGAGAACAGUUCACUUAAGGAAGAAUUGAAACAACUUCAGGAGAAGUGUGAUAACUUGACCUCAGAAAAUACAUCUUUACAUGAAAAGCUUAAAGCGCUUGAUAGUGAGAAACCAAAUGGAAACUUGUGAAGCAGGGCCUCGCUUUCUGACUGCUGAUAUAAAUUGGAGGUGACAUGAUAGGCCGGAGAUAAUUAGGAGGUGUUCAUGUGUGCAAUUAGAUUUUUGGCUGAGAUGGUAGGAUUGUAUCAUAGGAUUCAACAUGAUGGCUACAGAUUCUUCUUCUUCCAGUCGUGGCAGCUGCGGUGCUCUAUGGUGUGUUUUUUUUCCUGCUUUUAUGUGAGAUGCUACCUUAGCAGUAUGCAAAGAUCCCCAAGUUAUAUUUGAGACUUUGCGGGAUUAGCUUAUAAGAUGCUUGUUGUAGAGCUGCUGGUUGACCUGAACUGAUGCUUUGCUAUAGCGAUGAUUUAUAACAUUCAGAGUUACUUACCAAUGUGUAUACUGCACUGAGUGAUAAGUGGUAUUGAAGGAAUUAUGCA